AUGCACCAGUGGGCGUAUGGUGCAAGCGAGCACUCGGCAUUGCGCGGCCCAGUGCGGGGCGAGCCGGGCCGGGCCGGUGGGGAGGCCUUGGAGGCCUUCGCUAGCAGCUGUCGAAGGAGGACGUCUCUGUUCCAGAGGGCCCGUAUUGACCCCCCGCCGGUCCCUGUUGUGCAGCCAGAAGAUGCGCUUCCACACCUUCACUGCCCUUCACUGGAGCAUUUCAGAGACAACUAUCUAAUUCCACAGAAGCCCGUGGUCUUAGAGGGGAUUAUCGACCACUGGCCAUGUAUGAAGAAGUGGAGUGUGGACUAUUUUUGUCAAGUCGCAGGGUGCCGCACCGUCCCCGUGGAAUUGGGUACCCGAUACACAGAUGAGGAAUGGUCUCAGAAGCUCAUGACUGUCAGUGACUUCAUCAACCAGUAUAUUGUGAAUGAGAACAGUGUAGGAUACCUUGCCCAGCACCAGCUUUUUGAUCAGAUCCCAGAAUUGAAAGAGGAUAUCAGUAUCCCUGACUACUGCUGCCUGGGGGAAGGGGAAGAAGAUGACAUCACCAUUAACGCUUGGUUUGGUCCAGAAGGCACUGUCUCACCUCUUCAUCAGGAUCCCCAGCAAAAUUUUUUAGCCCAGGUAUUUGGAAGAAAGUAUAUCCGUCUAUGUUCACCACAAGAUUCAGAAAACCUGUACCCGCAUGAAAGCCAAAUUCUUCACAACACUAGUCAGGUUGAUGUGGAAGAUCCUGACUUAGUUAAGUUUCCCAAUUUCAGAAAGGCUGCAUUUCAGUCCUGUAUUCUGAUGCCUGGACAGGUUCUGUUUAUUCCAGUUAAAUAUUGGCACUAUGUACGAUCGCUUGAUAUCAGCUUCUCUGUCAGUUUCUGGUGGUCAUAGCUCUGAAGCAUGCAUAAAGUCUGUUAGCAUUGUAACAGGAAUUAAAAAUCAGAAAAAGUUUCAUCUGGCAU